CUGACAAGACUAGCCUAGGCUUCCUGUCCCUUCGAAGGGCCGCCGAUACGAAAUACGUUGCAUGCCACGAGUACAGUUGUAAGACUGGUGUCAUUUUCUCAACAUCCACAGACCGAACCAGACGACAUUUUUAUCAACGCUCAGAAGUACAACUUUGACUGCAUUCAAAAUGAAUCAAUUACUUUGUUGUUUAGUUCUAUUCACACUGUAUGUGUGCGGCAAGGCUGCGCCUGAAACCAGUCAGAAAAAUGUGAAGGCAAUCGUAACAACGAAAGUCUACUUCGACAUCCUGAUAGACGAUGCAGAGAGGGGACGAGUGGUGUUUGGUCUGUUUGGUGAUGCCGUCCCAUUGACUGUCAAGAACUUUGUCACAUACGCCACAGCAAAGAAGGGAGAAGACUCGUACAAAAAUACAAAGUUUCACAGAGUUAUCAAGGACUUCAUGAUCCAAGGUGGAGACUUUGCAGCGAACGAUGGGACUGGAUCAGUGAGCAUCUACGGACAAUACUUCAAUGACGAGAACUUCGAUCUAGAGCACUAUGGACCCGGAUGGCUCAGCAUGGCCAAUGCUGGACCAAACUCCAACGGUUGCCAGUUUUUCAUCACCACAGUCAAGACAGCCUGGUUGAACGGCAAGCACACGGUCUUCGGCAAGGUCCUAGAGGGCAUGGACAUCAUCAGGACGAUCGAGGACCUCAAGACAGAUGAUAAAGACCGCCCUCUGAAGGCCACAGUUAUCGCAGAUUGCGGGGUCAUUGAGGUCAAGGAACCAUUUGAGGUCAAGAAGGAAGGUGUCCCAACGCCUGAUGUUGUAGUUGGACCCCCUACUGUGUAGACUGCCACAGCCAUCUUUGUUUAGAUACCCAGGCAUUAGGCAUGGCAAAGUGGUGAAUAACUUUCAUAGUCACCAGACUAAUCCUUCGCAAUUAAAUAUUUAAGACCCAUUUCAGUUGCUCUGUGGGAGUCUGGGAUCGUAACCGCGAACACUCGCCAUUAAAAGAAUUUUUUUGAUUGCACUAUGCCUAAAAACCAAUAAGGAAUUAGCCUAUUGUUUCAUUGUUCUACAUGUAUAACAAUGAAAAUUCACCCCAUUUCAAGAUUGACUUGAGUUGAGUUUUAUAAUCACAGAAGUUUAGGGGUUCGGAAAGCUAGUACAUUGAUCUCAAUCUGCAGGAUGACCUAAGCUAACCCUUGACCUCAGACUUGGUCAAUGACCCUUGCUGUUUGACAAUUACAUGUAGGUUGCCCGUGUUAACACUAGUUUGUACUCGUGUCUACGCAAUACUUUUUUUAAAAUUGCUCCAACAUGAUCUUUAUAAAAUUUGAUAUUCAUUCUCUUGAAAAGUGUCGUAUUGCACAAAAUCUGUUACCGGAAAUAUUUGUUAAUUUUAUUUUAAUGUUGAAGAUAAAUUGCUGUCACAAUAAAUAAUUUUUGUUAUAUAAGCUUUAACUGUGGUGUUCGGACCCCUUAAUAGGAAAUUUAUUUGCACGAAUUAAACGAAUCUUUAACAGUGCAGUGAUAAACUUGUACAGAAAGUUCUGUUACAAAUGUUUUAGAUUUUUUUUUUUUUUCAAUUAAUUUUUUGUAUUAAACAACAAUGGUUUAGUGUCUCAAGUCACCAUUUUCCCCACUUAUUUCAGGAAAAUAAAACAAACAAAUAACUGCGAGUUAGGUAAACAAUUAAGUUUGAUUGGUUAAAGUAAUUUUUUUCUGAGCUUUCUUAAAAGAUGUCCUGUGGUGCUACUCUGUAAACUGAGUUGUAAGUUCUAUUUAAAACAUCGUGCCAACAACCAAUUUUGUGUAUAAAUUAUAAUUUUGUAUUUUUACAGGAUGCCGAAGAAUGCCUUCUCUUGCCCCAAACAAAAUCAAUAAAUCAAUCAAUCAUAUUGAACAUAAACUGCAAAAACAAAAACGGAACAUUUGAAAAACAAUCUAGGGAAAAAACGCAUACGGGUGUGCAGAGUUUUCAACUAAGUUUUAAAGCAAGUUUUAACUGAUAGUGAAAAGUAUCUAUGCAGAGCUUUUUAUAUUUUUAUCAUUAAAUAAAAAAAAAAAACAGGUUUUUAGCUAAAAUGAAAUGUUUGUGAAUAAGAUUAAUGACUGAUUAUCUUGCCAAUAAUGACUGAGCUGUCAGGUCUCGGCAACAACGUCAACAAGACUAUAGAUCAUGUGACUUUUCACACUGGCAUUACAAGAGCCACAGAGCCAGCCACAAUGUGUACACAGCUUUAUUGAGGCAGAAAUAAAACCAUUUCUAAUCUAAUCAUAACCUUAUGGACCAUUUAUUGUUUUAAGUGCAUCACAUACACUUAUCUCGGCACACUGUGUACUGAGUGCCAAUUUCAUAAGCCUUUUUGAGAAAUGGCGUACAACACCUUCAGGUUUGGGUAAUCUACACCCAAACCAAACAGUAUACUCCUAUCACGUCUGCCAUACCUCAAAAAGGCUUAUGGAGAUUGCGCCUUUUGUUUUAUAUCAAAAUAUAUGGAAAAAGGGUGCACAUUUUAAAAACUUUUAUAGUUUCUGAUUUUGUGUGGUAGUUUAUGAUCAAAAUUAUGUACAAUUUUCCAUUAUGACCAGUGCAGUAUCCUGCCUGCCUGAAAAUGCACUGGAAUGUUAAAUGUUGCUCUUUUUGUAAAAAAAACCAAAAAAAAGGUUACAUGGUCUAUAUCAAGGUUGAUUUCUUCCCACAGUAACAAAUCUAAUACAGGCAAUAAUAUGUACAUGUUUCGGAUCAUACAUUUUAGCCAUGCAAACAUUCUUGCAAAAUUGAACAAGGAUGUAACAUCCCUUAGGAAGGGCCUUGGCACACCAGGCAACUUUUACAGCCAACUUGGAGACACCAUGCUGCAGUGCAUGCUACAUGACCUUUUUGGAGCACAUGAGUCUUCAAUCCCAAUGAAUAAUGUGGUUGUGAACAUUCCAAUGUGAUUGGAUUCUCUUCUUUGAGAUUGCUUGAACUGGUUGCCUGUAAAUUGCCUCGUGUGACAUGGCCCUUGUGAACAGAUGAAAACACAACGACGCAAUCUUUGUAAAAUGUGCCAAUGGCAUUUGUUUUAAAGAUUGUACUCAAGAUAUGAUCUCAACUGCAUCAUUUAGGAGUGAGAGUCGUCACCGACAAAAAGAUAAGAAACUAAGAUUUCGGGGAUGGCCUUUUCCACAUUUUGCUAACCCCUGGAGCUAUAGAUUCCUCCGAGCUUUUGGGAACAGUGUAUAAGAGCACAAUUUAUCCACAUCUGAAAAAAAUAACAUCUGAUUUUCUUCUCAAGGCAGACAGAAUAAAAGUCUGAAUUCAAAUAAAAGUCUGAAAUUUCUCGUCCCUGAUAAUUGUGAAAUGACUCGUUGCUGUGACCUGGCAGCUCAAAGCAGCCAAAGAAGUUAUUCUUGUAAUAUACAUGUAUGAUCUUGAAAAAUGAAGUUCAUUAAUUAAAAGAUACAAGUUGUUCAUA